UCGGUGUUUAUUCAGUAUGGGAGUUGAAGUUAAUACUCUUAAAGCUGGAGACGGGGUAAAUUUUCCAAAGAAUGGUCAGAAAGUCACUGUGCAUUAUGUAGGCACUUUAACUAAUGGAAACAAGUUUGAUUCUUCACGUGAUCGGGGAAAGCCAUUUCAAUUUACAAUUGGCAAAGGUCAGGUGAUCAGAGGCUGGGACGAAGGUGUUGCUCAGAUGAGUAAAGGACAAACAGCAAUAUUGACAUGUUCUCCAGAUUAUGCCUAUGGUUCCAGAGGCUUUAGCGGAGUGAUUCCUCCAAAUUCAACACUUAUUUUUGAAGUAGAACUCAUCAAUAUCGAAUAAGCUGUAAAUUAUUACUACAUGAAGCUGGAUUUUGAUAACUGCAUGCAUACACAAAAUAAUAGAAUGCCAUCCUGGUUACUAUGUACGUUGUUGCUUUAGUAAAAAAGAAAAUAUUGCUGAUGAAACUAUUGAUUUUAUCAUGAUUUAUUUUUACCAUCCGGAGCUAAAUUUUAUUUGAUAAGUUUAUAAAAUACUUAAUAGUCAAUAGAAUACCAUCUUGGUUAUCAAUUACUGUUGAUUAAUACUCUAAAAAUAUUGAAAUCGAAUAUUUUUCAUACAUAAUGAUAUUAUUACCAUCUGGUGAUAUAUUUUUCUAUGUUAGUUCAUACAUACCAGAAGUCAUAGCAUGCCAUCGUGUUAUCAGUUAGAUUGUAUUUUGCAUACAAUUUUGUCUAUACUAACAAGGUUUAUGUGAUAUGGCCAUAAUGUAAUAUUAACAUUAUCAUGCACAUACAGUAAAUUGAAACAUAAAUUUAUCACAUAAAUGUUGAUAGUGUGGACUUGAACUUGUGCUUUUUAAAGUGUUAUUAUCUGUCGCUGAUUUUUGUUUUAUAAUUUCAUAUAAAUCAAUAGAAUGUCAAGUAGGUUGUUGCUUUAGUAAUAAAAGAAAAUAAAUUAA